AUGGAAGCUUGCAGGUUUCGAGCUUUAAUGGUGGUUUGCUUCAUCUUCCCACUGUUGGUUGUGGAGGGUAGUGUUCGUCGCUAUAAUUUCAAUGUGGUAAUGAAACAAGCCAGUCGAUUGUGCUCGACGAAGCCGAUAGUUACCGUUAACGGUCAGUUCCCAGGACCGACACUUUACGCGAGAGAAGGCGACAAUGUGCUUGUAAGGGUUGUCAAUCAUGUCAAAUACAACGUCUCCAUCCACUGGCAUGGAAUACGACAACUGAGAACGGGAUGGGCAGAUGGGCCAGCAUAUAUAGCACAAUGCCCGAUCCAGCCGGGACAAAACUACGUUUACAACUUCACCAUCACGGGGCAACGUGGAACGCUUUUCUGGCACGCUCAUAUUCUAUGGCUUAGGGCAACCGUUCAUGGCGCCAUCGUCAUUUUGCCUAAACAAGGAGUUCCUUAUCCUUUCCCGAAACCUGAUGUUGAACAAGUUGUCGUCUUAGGUGAAUGGUGGAAAUCAGACACUGAAGCUGUGAUUAAGCAAGCUUUGAAAUCUGGUAUGGCUCCAAAUGUGUCAGAUGCUCAUACCAUAAAUGGCUAUCCAGGACCAAUCUCUGGUUGUCAGGCACAAGGAGGGUUUCAAUUGAGUGUAGAAAAUGGAAAAUCAUACAUGCUACGCAUAAUCAACGCUGCACUCAACGAAGAACUCUUCUUCAAGAUCGCCGGCCACCAGCUCACGGUGGUGGAAGUUGACGCCACCUACGUAAAACCCUUCACCACCGACACAGUCGUCAUAACACCAGGCCAAACCACCAACGUCAUCGUCACCACCAACAAAAACUCCGGCAAGUUCAUGAUGGCAGCCUCCACAUUCAUGGACUCGCCUAUUGCCAUCGACAACAAAACCGCCAUUGCCACCCUCCAUUACACCGGUACCCUCAGCAACUCUCCCACCACCCUAACCACCCCACCUCCACAAAACGCCACCGCCACCGCAAACAACUUCAUAGAUUCCCUCCGUAGCUUGAACUCGAAAAAGUUUCCGGCCAACGUGCCUUUGAAAAUCGAUCACUCCUUGUAUUUCACAGUCGGACUUGGUAUCAACCCAUGCCCGUCCUGCAAAGCGGGCAAUGGUAGUCGGGUCGUGGCGGGUAUUAAUAAUAUUACAUUUGUUAUGCCCACCACUGCGCUUCUUCAAGCACAUUACUUUAACCAGAAGGGGGUUUUCACCACCGAUUUUCCUGGUAACCCACCCAAGUCUUUCAAUUAUACCGGAGCUCCACCCAAGAAUUUGGCUACUACGAGUGCGACUAAGCUUUAUAAGCUAAAAUACAACUCAACGGUUCAACUGGUGUUACAAGAUACGAGCCUUAUUUCGCCGGAAAACCACCCGAUUCAUCUACACGGGUUCAAUUUCUUUGCGGUGGGUAAGGGUUUGGGUAAUUAUAACCCGAAGGUAGAUCCGAAUAACUUCAAUCUGGUUGACCCGGUUGAGAGGAAUACCAUUGGUGUGCCUUCUGGUGGAUGGGUGGCUAUUCGAUUCCGAGCGGAUAAUCCAGGUGUUUGGUUUAUGCAUUGCCAUUUGGAAAUCCAUACAAGUUGGGGGUUAAAAAUGGCAUUUUUGGUGGAAAAUGGAGAAGGGCCAAAUGAGUCUCUAUUGCCACCUCCAAAGGAUCUUCCAAAAUGUUAGAGAGAGUUGGGAGUUUAGAUGUAUUUGUUUCUUGAGCAAAUAAAUAAUUUGUUCAAGCAAAUUUAAAAUAAAAAUGUAUGUGAUUUUUGUUAUAAUGUUAUGUUUUUUUUGGUAAUUAUAUGUUUUAUUAAUAUUUUACGAUAUAUCUGAUAUGUAAUUCAAAAUAUGGAUGUGUGUGAAUAUGAAAUUGAACUGGGUUUUAAUUUAGCAGUAGCUGAAGGUUAGUUUAUAAUAACU